CGCGGCGGCUAUGGCGAGCUGGUGGCGCGCGUUUCCACGAGCGGCGCGUCGCUAUCCGUGGGCCACUAACGUGCUGCUCUACGCCGGGCUCUUCUCCGCCGGUGAUGCGCUGCAGCAGCGACUGCGGGGCGGCCCAGCCGACUGGCGCCAGACGCGGCGCGUGGCCACUCUGGCCCUGACCUUCCACGGAAACUUCAACUACAUGUGGCUGCGCCUGCUGGAGCGCGCGCUGCCAGGUCGCGCGCCGCGCACGGUCCUGGCAAAGGUGCUUUGCGAUCAGACUGUCGGAGGGCCGAUAGCCCUCUCUGCCUUCUAUGUCGGUAUGAGCAUUCUCCAGGAACAGGAUGACAUAUUUUUGGACCUGAAACAGAAAUUCUGGAAUACAUAUAAGAGUGGUCUGAUGUACUGGCCUUUUGUGCAGCUGACUAACUUCAGCCUUGUCCCUGUGCACUGGAGGACAGCAUAUACGGGACUCUGUGGUUUCCUCUGGGCCACCUUCCUGUGCUUUUCACAGCAGAGUGGCGAUGGUACAGUAGAGUCCAUAUUCAUCUUCCUUCGCAGGAAGGAGGCGGGUGACAAGUCCCCAGAGAAGUGAGGAGUGCGACUCCCUUCCGAGGACUCAGUUCUGUUUCUCCAUCACUCCCAAUCACCUGCAGCAGGCCUGCUUUACUGACCAAUUGUGGGUUCUGUCAUGAAGACAUACCAUAGGCCCACUUGGUUUGAAAUUAUCAAUAAUUAUUUUAAUUUUUAUCCAAACCUUUCCCAGUCAUUCUAGUCUGAAAGUCUUAUUCGCUGGUAUUUUCAUGUCUUUAAUGCUUUGGUUAAAAACUACAACAAUGACCUGUGACAUUUUAGAAUUAUUAAUAUUUUUAUUCUAAUAUUAUAUGGCUAGUUGAAUUUAAAAAAAAAAAAACUCCAGUUUUGAUUGUAUUUCUAGCCUAAACUCUCAGGCUAUUUCCCACACACUGUGGGAUUUGAUUGCCUUUUGUUCUUAUAGUAAAUUUCUAUGCAUAUAAAAUUCAGUCAAGAAGUUUGAAUAAUCAGUCCCCACCCCAGAUAAUUUAUAAUAAUGUGUUAUUAUGCUGACACUAAAACUCUGUAAGUAGAUGAUUUUAAUCUUCUAAAAAGAAUAGCAUUGGGUAUAUUCUGUAUAAAACAUUUUAUUGAUACUGUCUACUUGUUUUUUAAAAGAAGAAUCUCUCCUUGUGUGGCUCAGGCUGCCCUGGAACUCACUAGAUACCCAGCGAGGCCUCAGCUCUCUAAGUGCUGAGAUUACAGGCAUGAACCAACAUGUCUCUCUCUUCUGUUUUUAUAUUAUACCAUUCAAGUUCAGAUUUUUUUUAAAUUGAUGUCUUCUAGCUUUGAGAAGAUACAGUUGAUCAAAUGCCCUAAUUCCUACGUAUAUGAAAUAAAAUAUUUGGUUUCUAAAUGAAUUAUAGCAAAUGAAAA